GACAGACAGAGAGACAGAUAGAUAAUUGUCCUCUAGCUUAUGUCUCUGUUCCUGUUCAUUUGUUUUCUGUUCUGCAUGUAUUUUUUGUUGUUGUUUAUAUGCACAUGCAAACAUGCUUACAUACAUGUUUUUUUUUUAAAUGUUUUUUUUAUUUUUAUUUUUUUUUAUAUAGUUACCCAGUGACAUGAAUCUGAAUAUCAAAUAUCCAAAUAGAUGCUUUAUUAUGUCUCGAGUGUAAAUGCAACUGGCCACAAAGACGACAAUUUGCGAGGUUUUAUUUUUAAUUAAAUGUGUUAUCAAAUACAUAUUUUACCAUGCUUCAACAUUUUAACAAGCGAGAGAACAAUGUUCACCCACAUGAGAGACACAAACAAUAUUAGAAGAAGCAAAGAAACCAAAGGCAAAAGCCGUUAUGAACCUUUAUUAAUAUAAAAUACAUUUUAAUAUGGGAUACAUACAAGUUUGUUUAUUUAUUUGUUUGUUUGUUUAUUUGCCUUACCACUCAUUUUCACAAAUGUUGAGCUUUGGAGCAAGUGAAAGAUAUUGCAAAAUGCACAAACAGAAAGGCUGACGUUUCAUUUGUCCAACUCAUUAGAUAAUCAAGUGUGAACUUUUAUAUUGAAAUUCUUGCCGAAAUGCAUUAUGGGGUUGCGUAAAAGCUCUGCGUGAGUACUUCAUUCUUAUGAACGAAGUCCAAGUGUAUUCGUGAUUAAUUUAAAUGACUGUUGAUUUCCAUAUUGAUUUUUGGGUCUGGUUUAUUUGAGAGAAAUGUCCGUGGAAGUGGAGCGGAAGUUUGUGUGUGACUCACAAGUCCUGGAGAAACUGAAGGAUAUUGGAGCUGUAUGUUUGGGUCAGAAUGAGUUUAAAGAUCAGUACUUCGACUCCGCAGACUUCACAUUAACCCGAAAGGAUUUCUGGCUGAGAAACCGUGAAGGAUCCUGGGAGCUAAAACGGCCCACGGCAUCACAUUUGAACGCAGAGAAAAGAGCACAGGAUAUGUGCACUAAGUACAGAGAGAUCACAGAGGUGCUUCAGAUCAGAGCUGAACUCAUCGCUGUCUUGGGCAUUUACACAGAACGCACAUCCGACUCCUUACAGACAGAACAAUCUAAAGAUGUUCAUGCUGAGUUUGAAAAAUGGCUGCAGGAUUUGAAACUGGAGUGCUUUGCGGAGUUCACCACCGUCAGGUGUUCUUAUGCUCUGGGAUACGAAGGGGACGACAGGAAAGUCCGGGUCGAUCUGGACCAGGCCGAUUUUGGCUACUGCGUGGGAGAGAUCGAAGUUCUUGUUUCAGAAGGGGACGAGAUGACGUCUGCGUUGCAGUAUAUAGAGAAGACCGCUCAAAAAUUAGGUCUCUGCAGUCAGAAGAAAACUCAGGGGAAAAUGCACGUGUAUCUUCAGAGAUUUCGCCCAGAUCACUACGCUGAGCUUCUUAAAGCUCAUGUGAUGUGAAAUCAUUGUGACUAUCAUUUUAUUCAUUAGUAAUAUUAAUAAGGAGAAAAUGAAUAUAUGUCUGUAAUAAUGUGUACAUUUGCGAAGUUUGAUCUAGGGAUGGGCGGAUAUGUUAUCGUUUGCGAUAUACCGGUAGAAAAUCUCCCCACAGUAAGAAUUAAGUCUUCCCGUGAUGAUAACGUUAAAGCCUAGUUGAUGACGUAUUUCUGGGGCGGCUGUGGAUCAGGUGGGUUGUCCACUAAUCGUAGGGUUGGCGGUUCGAUUCCCGGCCCACGUGACUCCACAUGCCGAAGUGUCCUUGGGAAAGACGCUGAACCCCAAGUUGCUCCCGAUGGCAAGUUAGCGCCUUGCCUGGCAGCUCUGCUACCAUUGGUGUGUGAGUGUGUGUGUGUGUGUGAAUGAGACACAAUGUAAAGCGCUUUGGAUAAAAGCGCUAUAUGAGUGCGCCAUUUAUCAUUUCUGCGUGCGACGGUCUGCGACCCGUUGGCGGUUCACGUGCAGAGCGAAACAGGUACGGUGGAAGGCGGACGUGAAGCUGAGGAGGAGUUUAUCGCUACACAAGGAGCUACCUCUACAAUCCGGAACUGGUUUCUGAGGACCUCAAGACUGCAUCCAGCGGUCACUUUUAGUCAAAAACAGUGGUGAACGGUACUGUAUUUAUAUCGUCACUGAUAUCGGUAUCGCAAUAAAUACCUGAAAAUAUCGUGAUCUAGUCGUACGUCCGUAUCACCCAUCCCUAAUUUGAUCACAAAUAAAUCAAUAUCUGCGGCGAGACAGUAUAUACUGUAGAGUUGAGGGAGUCUGUUGGGGGGAAAAACUUUGUUCAGAUCUGGGGAAAGUUUUCCGAAUGUUUCUGUUUCAACACAUUCAUUGAAUGUAUUCAUAAUGAUGCCAAACUUUCCUGUUAUCAUAUUUCAUGAAAUAUAUAUUAUAUAAACACGUCUGAAAACACAAUACAGCUUCCUCCAGAGGUCUGAGUCAAUAUGCGAUGGAUGUGUGGACCUGAAAAGCUUGUCAGAAAAUCAAAUAAUGGGUGUUGAAAUAAAUCAUAUAGAUUAAUAAAUGAAAUCGUAUUCGU